AUGUUCGUAGCUCUUGUCUUUUUCCUUAAGGCUAUACGGCUUACCCUGAAACGCUUCUGCUCCUCAAAGCCACCGGUUUGUAUAGUGGGCAGCGGCCCUUCAGCAUUUUAUGUGGCCCAGUUUCUUUUGCGGCAUCAUACUUCCGCCUGUGUUGACAUGUACGAAAAGCUCCCAGCUCCGUUCGGCCUUGUGCGUUACGGCGUCGCACCUGAUCACCCUGAGGUCAAGAACGUAAUCAAUACGUUUACCGAAGUGGCCAGAAACCCGCGUUUCAGAUUCUUCGGAAAUGUGAACGUUGGCAAAGAUGUACGGUUGCAUGAACUUCAAAGAGCUUAUGGUGCCGUUAUUCUGGCCUACGGAGCUUCGGUUGACCGCCACCUUUGUAUUCCGGGCGAGAAUCUAUCGGGCGUUAUAGCAGCAAAAGACUUUGUUGGUUGGUACAAUGGUCUUCCUGGUCUUUCAGAUCUGCGGCCAGACUUUGAUUGUGACACUGCUGUCGUAAUCGGAGUAGGCAAUGUCGCAAUCGACAUAGCACGUAUUCUGUUAUCUAAACCCAGUGCGCUUAAACCUGUCAUCAGCCACUUGAUCUCGAGUAACAUACGCCGCGUUGUUCUUGUCGCCCGUCGUGGUCCUCUCCAAGCUGCAUUCACUCUAAAAGAACUGCGAGAGCUAUCUCGCCUGGAUAUUGGAGAGGAGAGUUCGACUCCUCAUUACCUUCCCAUCAACUUUCUUCCUCCGGGCAUUAUAAACGACUGCUUCCCGGGAUCAGAAUUUAACGAGAACUUGUUACAAGGCCUUCCACGCUCUCGUCGCCGUUUGAUGAAGUUCCUGUCCGAAUUGUCCUCCAAACAGAACUACCGCUGCAGUUCGAAGCGGUGCGAUAUUCAGUUUUUGCGCUCACCGGUGCGAAUUAUACCGACUGAUGAAACUCGCACCUCUCCUUUGAAAUCCUCUGUCCGUGCGGUUGAAUUGGCCGUCAACCAACUCGUGGGAGCCGCCAACGAGAAUCAAGAUAUCUGCACCAACCCUGACGCACCGACAGAAGUGUUGGAGUGUGGGCUUGUCAUCCGAAGCAUUGGUUAUCGUAGUGUACCAAUCGAUCCGGACCUGCCGUUUGACACCAGUCGGGGUGUAAUCAAAUCCAAGGACCAUCGUGGUCGAGUUGCCGAUCCUGAAGGCGGCGGAUCCCUCAAUCCCACUUUGUGUCCGCUUUACUGCUCCGGUUGGGUCAAGAGAGGCGCCGUUGGUGUAAUCGCUGAGACUUCGGUGGACGCUCGCAUCACAGCACAAACUGUGUUGGUUGAUUUGGCCACCGCCGAAUCACAAUCGGACCCUCGAGUAACAGACCGUCAUGGAUCAGCUGAGAUUGAGCAACUGUUGCGCGCUCGCGGUGUCCUCACUAUCUCCUUUUCGGACUGGGAGCGGGUGGACGCAAUGGAGAAAGCCGCUGGCAAAGCACUUGGCAAACCCCGCGAAAAGUUGACCUCCAUAGAGUCUAUUCUAAAGGCUGCCUUCCCCGAGACCACUUGUAAAAAGUGA